GAAACCCGCUUGCGGAGACUCCGAUCUGAACAGAGAAGAAAGCAAGGAAGACCGCGAGAGCGGAGAGGCCUCCCCCACCACCAUGGGUUCCAGAGACAAGGACCAGCCCGCUUCCCGCCACCAGCCCCUCCUCAGCAGCCUCGUCGUCCGCCCCUCCAGCAGCAGCGGCGACGGCGGCGGCGGCGGCGGCGGCGGCGGGGACGGCGUCGCCGGCGGCCGCGGCGCCGCCGGGAACGACUACGAGUCCGGCGACGACCGCCGCGAUCCCCUCCCGCCGUACCGCUCGGAUCGGUACGCCGACGACGCCGGAUUUAGAAUUGGUGCAGGUUCUGUAUCUCCUGCUCGUCAUAGGAAUGCAGAACGCCGCUAUAGUCCAGAUCUUGAUCGUCCGCCACGUGGCCGUGAAUUUCUCAGCAGAAGGGAGCCUGGUAGGUUCCGAGACUCUUCUCCCCAUUAUGGUAGAGGAAGGGGCGGUGGUAGGCCCUAUGGUGGCAGGGGUUUUGAUGGUCCUGGAUUGGGUCCUCGGCCAUUCAGAGGUGAACCUGUAGCUAGAAACAAUCCUAACGUGCGACCAAGGGAGGGCGAUUGGUACUGUGCAGAUCCUUCAUGUGGCAAUCUGAACUUUGCGAGGCGAGAUCUCUGUAACAACUGCAACAGACCUCGCACUGGACACAGGGGUAGCCCCAGAAGGGGCUAUCUGGCCCCAUCGCCUCCAUUUACUGCUUCGAGGCGUUUUCCUGGGCCUCCAUCGCAUCGUUCACCUCCUAGGUCCAUGAAUGGGUACAGGUCUCCGCCUCGUUCAUGGGUUCGGGAUGGGCCUCGAGAUUUUGGCCCGGGUGGUCUACCCCCUCCCCGGCAUGAAGUUGGGUUCUCUGAUGACUACAUUCGAAGGGAACACGUGGACUAUCCAGAAGAUGACUAUAGGGGAAGGAGCAGGUUUGACAGACCAAUGCCGACUGACUGGGCCCACAGAGACCGUGGAAGGGAUAGCUUUGUAAGCGAAGGAAAAAGCUUUGACAGGCGACCGCUAUCACCACCUCUGCACCCGCCACCACUUCCUGCAAGUCAUGACCGAUGGGCACGUGACAUCAGGGAGAGGAGCCGUUCACCUAUUAGGGGUGCCCUCCCACAAAAAGAUUACCGUCGGGAUCUCUACUUGGAGAGGGGACGAGAUGAUCGCCAUGGUCUGGGUAGAGGGAGGAUUGGUGAUCCUUAUUAGCUGAGGCACAAUUUGCUGCUAUAAGUCCGAUUUUUGCAGGGUGGAGGUUAUUGUGUAAAGGAUUUUGAAGGUUGUAGGAAAGAUGGAGUUAGGAUUGUACUGUUUGCAAUGGAGCAUUUAUGGUUUCAUAGGGCCGGUGUGUAAUACAAUUGCGUGUGUGGUCUGCUUCUCCGAGACUGGUUUUUCAAAUGGAACUUGCAGAGAAUUUUCUCUCCAGCGACAGGUUAUACUUGGAGAUGCUUCGUGGUUUUUUAUCAGGUGAAUGCUCCUAUCUAUGAA